AUGGCUAAGCGUCUAUUCGGAACAAUUCCUCAUAUUCUCCACCCACGCAAAAUCAUCCCCAAUACAAGACUGAUUCUUGCACGCCCUAUUUCGACGUUCCAGAAAAUGCCUGAGCCCUGUGAUCUGUUCGAGUACACGUCUGGACGAUGGAUCUAUAAUGACAAUUUGAGACGACGCGAGAGAAGACGAGUUUUCAAUAUCUCUGGACUUAAGCGCCUUGCUGCUCUAGCUGUUCAGAAGAAAGAAACCGAUAUAAUUGAAUUCAAAAAACUUGCUGAGGGAGGCUUCAACCGGACUUUUCUGAUCACCAUGCGAGAUGGCUAUCGAUUUGUUGCACGAAUUCCAUAUCCGGCUACCGAACCAAGAUUCCUAUUGGUCGCGAGUGAAGUCGCAACGCUGGGUUUUCUACGUGCUCAUGGUAUCCCGGUACCGAAGGUUUUUGGCUACUCUACCGUUGCAGAUAAUUGUGCGGGUACAGAAUACAUAUUCAUGGAGCAUGUCCAAGGAAAAAAUCUAGGGGAUGUGUGGUAUACCUUGUCUGAACGGGAAAGAAGAGAAUUGGUUGCAAGAAUUGUGCAGCUAGAGUCUCGUUUAUUCAGCUUGCAGUUUCCAGCAAGUGGAAGUCUCUAUUACUGCAAUGAUUUGCCAGAUAAUUACCCCCGAGUCAUUGUCACAAGCCUCGGAUCGACCCACCGCUUCUGCAUCGGCCCUGAUACUUCGCUACGGAUGUGGUAUGGGAAAAGACUCAACUUGUCGGUUGAGCGUGGACCUUUUCUUACUGCCGGUGCCGAAAAGGAGAUUACCUAUCUUGAGAAAUUUGGGCGACCUCUCCAGCCAUUCCAGCGUCUUCGCCGAGAGGUAUAUAACUAUCAGUCUCAGUCCCACCUCGAACAUGCUGUGGCUCUAGAGAAAUACCUUCAGAUUGCACCUUACCUUAUACCACAUAACUGUCCGGCCCUUCAUCGUCCAACCAUACGACACCCCGAUCUUCAACCCAACAACAUAUUUAUCUCUGAUGACCUGGAGGUCACGGGGUUAAUUGAUUGGCAGCACAGUACGAUUUUGCCAUUAUUUUUACAGUGUGGUAUUCCAGAGAGUCUGCAGAAUUAUGGCGACGAGAUCUCGGAAUCACUACAACUCCCGACUUUACCGAACAACUUCGAUGAACUCGAAGAAAUAGAGCAAUUCCAGCAAGCGGACCUCCUACGCAGGCGUCAACUCCACUAUUUUUAUGUCAAACUGACAGCAGAAAGAAAUCCUGAACAUUACGAGGCCUUGACCCUUGAUUUCAGUACCUUGAGGCGGCGGCUUUUUGAUCAUGCAAGUGACCCUUGGGAGGGUGACAAUGUGACUUUGACAGCCGAUUUGAUGAAACUGUCUAGGAUGUGGACAGACUUGACUCGUGAUACUAGAACACCUUGUCCAAUAUCCUUUUCGGAUGAUGAGUUGACGAAAUGUCUACGGCUGGAACGCGCACAGUCUGGAGCAGACGAACAAUUCCAGACUUGCCAGGAAGCGAUUGGGGUUGGGCAUGAGGGCUGGGUGCCCUUAGCAAACUAUGAUGAGGCGAAAAGAAGCGAGAGAAAACUGAAAGCGGACGCUCUCGAUGCUGCCGAAACGGAAGAAGAGAAGACGAGAAUCCAAGAAAACUGGAUUUUCGACGACUUUUGCGAGGAAGAAUAUAUGUGA